AUGCCAAGCUCUAGCGAAGACUUCUCGUCCACUUUGCAAGACGCGCUGGCCAAGCCCAACCUGAAGGCGACUGCCGUCAGGACAAAGAGGCUCAUCUUUACGAAGCACGAGAAGCCCCAUAAAGAGCAGCUCAGUAGCAUCUGUAAGUCACCGAGCUGCUCCAGGGAUGCUGCCUACCUUGACAGUCUUCUGUCGUGGGACCAAGUCAACCCAUGUCAUGAUUUCUACGCUUUCGUCUGUCGCCAGUGGACCGGCAGUUACACCACACCGUCUCCAAGGUCUUCUGUUUCUGCCGACGACGAUUUGGCCUCGUUUCUUGAAAAUAAAUUGUACGUCCACCUUCAGGAUGAUUCCUCGGAAGCUGACAGCAACCUAAGACCAAUAAUCGACCUCCACCAGAAGUGCAUGGAUGUAAAGCGCAUUGAGGAUGACGAGUGGAACCCUUUGCUCGAACUCAUGUCUCUCGUUUUCCUCGAAGGAUUCCCGCUGACGCCACCGGUAAGAAAAAGCCUCUCUGUGUGGCGAACAGCAGCGAAGUUGCUUCGAAAGACGGGCACCGCUUCGUUACUUGGCAUCGGGGUCUGUGCCAAUCCCUCGACGGUACACACAGAUCUUGUGUCGAUAGGGCUCCCUGAUACGCUGACCAACAACGACUACAUUGACAUAAAUGAAGCCGUUCGUCUUUACACCAGCGCGACUUUUGCGGCUAUGAAUGCGUUGAAGAAGCAGUACAUCCCAACAUCGUUUACUCUAAGCAUUAUCAAAUUCGCAAGCGAUAUGGAGAAGCUCGCCGAUGUAGCGCCGAUGGAAAAUGCAUCCAAGGUGAACUCUUUGCAGUCAUUGCCGCAGCUUAUCAUCUUUCUUGAAGAAAUAUUCAACGACACCCGUUCAAACCUUUACAAUGGCGAAGACACGGAAGUCAUGAUCCAACCUGCGGUCGCUGUAAACAGAAUAUUGCAACUCGCUGAUAACACCGACCUCGCCACCGUCAUGAACUACCUUGGAGUUAGACUUAUGAUCCAGGUCUCUCCGUUCAUUCCGCACUCUGGACUCACCGAAUUCUACAGCGUGCUUCUAUAUGGAAAACGUAGGGGCAAAUUGCCCCGCUGGCAACUGUGCCUGCGAGCCACGGAAAAGGCCCUCUUCCCCCUGACGAACCUCGCCAUUCUCACCGAUCUCGGUGCACACACGCCUGCCUCCCAACUUUACGAUCUUACGAGCGACAUUGUUGCAGAAUUCCAGAAUGGCAUCGACACUUCUGCACAUUUCACAGAAGAGUCUAGGGCUAUAAUUCGAAGCAUACUAAACACGACACGCCUGAUGGUGGUUAGACCGGACUGGCUAAACGACAGCGUUGCAAUCGACGCCUACGUUCAAACGCUCCCGGUGAAACUAGCGAGCGCACGGAACAGCCUUGACGCCUACGUGAUCUACCACGAGAGCACUUUCCUGGCGUCGCUCGCACGCAGCUCGACGCAACGUUGGAGCCGUUCCGCUUUCAGCGCACACUGUUGGUACGAGCCUGACCUGGACACCAUCUACGUUCCCUUGCUGGUCUUUAACGUCUCGAGGGCCUUGGAAGAGGGCGUCGACGCCAUACAAUUGUCGCGUGCGGGACCCCGCCUGAUGCGCUGCGCCUUUGACGCGCUCAUAUUCAAGACACGCGCGUCAACAGGAGUACACCAGCGAUGGCUUAAGGGAGAAACAGAGACCAAACUGCGAGAGGUUGAGGCAUGCCUCGAUUCAGGUGAAGCUUCGCAAACCACACGGUUCCGGAGAACCCGUGACGUGCUUGCGGCUAAUUUCUCCUUCACGCUUUUCCUGAAGGCCGCGCGGACGUCUCAGCAUCCCAUUGCCCUUAUGCUGCAGCAGAACCGUAUUGCGACAGAGGAACAGCUCUUCUUCAUCUACCUGAUGCUUCAGAGUUGCGAACAGAGUGGAAGCGCAGAGAACCGCGCUCCCACCGCUGGCUACGAUUGGAACAUCGCGCUUCAGAACAUCAAGGACUUACCGAGAAUGUUUCUUUGCAACGCCGAGAGCCCCAAGGACGUGCAGAAGUGCCUCGGUGUAUGA